UGGUCCCGGCGUAGUCAUGGCGGCCUUCCGAGACAUGGAGGAGGUGAGCCAGGGGCUGCUGAGCCUGCUGGGCACCAACCGCGCCGAGGCGCAGCAGCGGCGGCUGCUGGGGCGCCACGAGCAGGUGGUGGAGCGGCUGCUGGAGACGCAAGACGGUGCGGAGCAGCGGCUGCGAGAGAUCCUCGAUGCUGAGAAGGAAGUGGCCCAAGGCCUUCUUGACGCUAAGGAGCAGGCGCAGCAGGCGGCCACCCAGUUGCAGCAGCUCGAGGCCGAGCUUCAGAGGGCCGGCGAGGAGGACGCCUGUCUGAAGGCCAGCCUCCUAUAUCCUUUCCUGCGUGCGGGGAAACUCGGGGCGUGCCCGGGGGGCGGGAGCUCGUUCACACCAGAAAACGUGCUCGGAGCCAGAGGCCCUCGCCCGGCCUGGCGGGUUAGCACGUGCAGCCCUCCCGCCACAGCGAGGCUCCUUAACUGCCCGCCCCACUCAGCUCACCCGGGAGCUGGAGGAGCUCAGAGAGAUCGAGGCCGACCUGGAGAGACAGGAGAGGGGCGUGGACGAGGACACGACGGUCACCAUCCCCUCAGCCGUGUACGUGGCUCAGCUCUAUCACCGAAUCAGUAAAAUCGAGUGGGAUUAUGAGUGUGAGCCGGGGAUGAUCAAGGGCAUCCAUCACGGCCCCAGCGUCGCCCAGCCCUUGCACCUGGACGGCACCCAGCUCUCCAAGAAAUUCGUGAGCGACUAUCUCUGGAGCCUGG